GUUUAACUAUAUGGCCUCGAACUCUUUCAAUUUGUAAACAACUGCAACAAGUGUUUCGGAGAUGAUCGAAAUUUGGCAACAGUAGUAGCGGCAUAAACAUCUCUACGUUUGUUUACAUCUUUAUUCUGAAUUUAAAAUCACAUUCAAGUUUCUAUCAAAAAUGGCUUUUAGAUAUGCAUUUUCUUUCUUCUGUGCCAUGUUCAUAGUUUCAUAUUGUGAAGAAGAUUCCAAAAUAAUAUAUAUGCAAAUAAUUCAUAACAGUUUGUGUAAAUGUGAAAAUCUGAUAUCAGAUGAGGUUUUCAUGUGCCGAGAUUUAUCUGCCGGUACCGAAACAAAAUUGACAUGCAUAGGUGAGGAUUCAGUUAAUGCUGCUGCUGAAGCUGUAAAAUCAUUCAAGCAUUUACAGAUUUUGGAUGUAAGUGUCUGCAAUGGUACUUAUGACAGAAUUCAGCAGAAAGAUCUCCAACAUUUUUCAAAUAUCACAAUCUUAAGUCUUGCUGAUAACAAGAUAUCAAUGAUUGAGAAAGAAGCUUUCAUUGAACAGAAAAAUUUAAAAGUUUUAGACUUAUCUGAUAAUUAUAUAUCUGUUCUUCAAGAUCAUAUAUUUGAGCACCUAGUGUAUCUUCAGAACCUUAGUGUUUCAAACAAUAGAAUCAGUGUCAUUGAAUUUAAAGCUUUUUAUAACCUCCACAAUCUUGUAGUUCUUGAUCUGUCUGGUAAUAAUCUUCAGUCUGUCGAUAGUGACUGGUUUCGAGGUAUGGAAAAUCUACAGAUUCUAUUACUGAAUUAUAAUGAAAUAACUUCCAUUCAGCAUAAUAGUUUUCAUCAUUUAGCACAUUUGCAAAAGUUAGAUUUAUCAUUUAACAGUCUGAAGCAGAUACCAGUUCGGUCAUUUUAUCAUCUUAAGAAUCUCAAGUUUCUAUCUUUGGCAAUGAAUGAACUCAAGACAUUGAAUGAAAGUACUUUUAAAAGCAAUAAUAUGCUUGAAAAAGUAAAUCUUACUGGUAAGAUUUAG